AUGGCGAAGAUUGCUUACCCAACCAUCUCGCAAAGGGCAACUUUUGACUCACGCCAUUUCAAAUCCCCCUUGAAAAUAGCUCUAGAAGAGCACAUCAGCACCAAUAUAUUCAAUCCCACCGAAACGCUUCCGCCGCAAAGUCUCACAGCAGAACUCCCCUACAUGAACCCCGACUUUGUGGCGGAUACGAAGGAUCGUCUCACAAACAUUGAUGUUCGGGUUCAGGCGAUGGAUCGGGCCGGCAUCGCUCUGACUAUCAUUUCGCUGACGAUGCCCGGAAUCGAGGGCAUUUUCGAUCCUGCCAUCGCCGUAUCGAUGGCAAAGAAAGUGAAUGACGAGAUCCACAACUUGUAUACAACUGGAAUCCACGCGAAAAGAUUUCGUGCAUUUGGAGUCGUCCCAAUGCAGGACCCUGAGGCUGCGACUGUUGAGCUUGAGCGAUGCAUCAAAGAGCUAGGCUUUGUGGGGGUUUUGGUGAACGGAUAUUCUAAUGUAGGUGGGGAAAGUAUGAUUCAGUAUCUUGAUGAACCAGCUUGUGCGCCCUUCUGGGCUAAGCUCGAAGAACUAGAUGUUCCUCUUUACCUUCAUCCACGUAUUCCACCACCCGACCAGAUGCGCAUCUAUAAAGGAUAUGAGUUCCUCGCAGGUAGUCCCUGGGGCUUUGGUUUAGAAACAGCUACACAUGCUCUUCGACUAAUAGCUUCCGGGCUGUUUGACCGUCAUCCUCGCCUAAAAGUCAUCCUCGGUCACUGUGGCGAAGGUCUUCCAUUCUCACUUUAUCGGAUUGAUCAUCGAAUCCGUCAUUUUCAAGAUGGCCUGCUUCACUGCAAGUUGCGGAUGCAGGACUACUGGGAAAGGAACUUCUGGGUAACGACAUCGGGUGUUUUUAGUGAUGGAGCAUUCGCGCAGACUUUGAAACAUUGUGGUGAAGACCGUGUGUUAUGGAGUGCCGACUACCCAUACGAGGAUUAUGAUGAAGUUUCUCAUUGGUUUGACACCUUAGAGAUUAGUGAGCACACUAGGGCGACAGUGGGAUGGAAGAAUGCAGAGAGGCUCUUCAAUCUGAAAGCAAGCGACGCAAUCGCAUAA